CUAAAGGCCUACUGAAUGGGUGGAUUAAAAAGGGAGGUCCUCCUCUACUUGUUAUGCCAUGUGAUCCCACAAUGCCUCAGCACAGGCCUUCACUCGCAGAGGGUGUAUUUUUCCUCUGGAGCUGACAUUCAAACUGAGCAGGGCCUGUGUCCUCCGAUUAAGGUCGGAGAGGAUGGUUUCCCAGGUUUUUAUAUCAUGUCCCAGUUUCACAUUGCUGAGCUGGCCAGAAGAGGAACUGUUCAAAAGGGGCCUGGAUCAACCUCUCAGCAUGUUGCCUACAAAAUAGGGCCAGCAUUCAACUUCAGAAUUAACACAAGAUCAGCGUAUCCCCUUGGACUACCGGUUGAAUUUGCGUUUGUGACAGUUUUACGAAUGAACGGCAGUACCGUAACCAAGAACUGGAAUAUUUGGCAAAUGCUAGAUUUGAACGGCGAAGAGCAGCUUGCCGUUAGACUGAACGGAGAAUCGCUCUCUCUUGAAUUCACCUUCACAACAUUGAAUAAAACACGAGAGACGGCCGUUUUCCCUUUCCUACCGUUCCUCUUCAACUCUCAAUGGCACAACAUCUUACUGAAAGUCAGCAAGCGUUCUGUAACUCUGUUCGUGGAUUGCAUUAUGGUGGACUCUCAGAACACACCCCAGAGAGGUAUAGUCAACCUGGAUGGAUACACGUUGAUUGGAAAGCUGAAGGAUAACCCCGUUUUAGCAGUGCCAUUUGAACUCCAAUCGAUGCACAUUGAUUGUGAUGUGGGGCGACCACAGACCUGCAAUGACCUACCAGCCAGGACGUCGGUAAGAACCAUUGACAAAACAGACUGCAACCACGGUCAAAUUAUCAGACUUAAUUAUCAAAAUAGCCAGUACAGAGGCUGGUAUUAUCUAGUCCAGGCAACCAUUGUAAAUAAACAACAUGAAAGAUGCUUUGAUGCCUAUGGUACCUCUGGCGGUUCAGUUGGUAGAAACGGAUUCAGCCGGGUGACUUUUUUUGUCGGGGUCCGUCAACCCAACUCAUCCAAGAAAAAGGAAAACAUUUUUACCCGUUCUUGCUGUCCGGGAGAGGGAAGAGCCGGAGAGACCAUGGCUCACGGGCAACUUUUUUGGGUACUUUUGGUGCAGAUUGUCCUUAUUUGCUCCACACAGAGGGCCUCGGGCCCCGUCGGCCCUCCAGGACCCGCAGGUGUCCCAGGAAUUGAUGGUGUCGCUGGUGAGAGGGGAGACGACGGAGAGGAUGGCCCUGCUGGUCCUGAUGGAGAUGCAGGUAAACUAGGCUCAGCCGGGUUGCCAGGUGUGCCCGGGGCUGAUGGUUUGACUGGUCCUACUGGAGACGAAGGUCCCGAUGGUCCCCUUGGACAGAAAGGUGAACCCGGGAAACCAGGACCUCGUGGACUAGCUGGCGUUGGAGACGAUGGACCCCCUGGACCCCCGGGGCCAGGAGGACUUCCAGGUGAUUUGGGAAAAGGUGGACCCCCUGGUGCUAUGGGAGUCAGAGGACCAACAGGACCUGGUGGAUCAGCAGGGCCGAGAGGUGCAGCAGGGAUGCAGGAUUUGAGUGCCGAGCUGUGCCCUGGUGCCUGUCCACCUGGGACACCUGGUCAUCCCGGCCUCCCUGGCAUGAAGGGUCACAAAGGAGUAAAAGGGGAAGGAGGAGAGCCUGGGAAACAAGGGCACAAGGGUGAAGAGGGUGACCAGGGAACCACAGGGGACCUCGGAUCCCAGGGCCCAACGGGUCCUCAGGGAAUCAGAGGCUCCACUGGAAUGAUGGGGCCCAAAGGUGGACUGGGAGCACGAGGACAUGAUGGAGAUCCAGGUCCCCAGGGUGUUGAAGGAGCCACUGGUGACCAAGGCCAGAGGGGCGUGAUGGGCGAGUCUGGUCCUAAAGGUGAUGAGGGAUCUCAAGGUGGAAGAGGAAUCACAGGUCUUCCUGGGCCCAAGGGAAAGGGUGGUUUGUCAGGAGUAGAUGGCCGUGAAGGUAUUCCUGGAUUGCCAGGUGGAAAGGGCACCAUUGGCAAGGCCGGGUCUCCAGGGGAGGUGGGGCUUCAGGGACUUCCUGGAUUACCUGGUUCUCCUGGCUCUAAAGGAACUGGUGGAGAGAAGGGUAGCUCUGGAGAGGCAGGUCUUCUUGGAACAAUAGGAUCUGCUGGUAAAACAGGAGAGCAAGGCAAAGCAGGAGGUCUAGGACCCAUUGGACCCAUUGGCGGACCAGGAGACAGCGGAGUACAAGGACCAGCCGGUCCACCGGGCAAACCAGGGGCCAGGGGACCAAAAGGGGAUCUUGGUCUUCCUGGUGUUCCCGGACCCCCAGGCCUCCCCGGAGUGAAGGGAGAGAGGGGAGAAGCUGGCGAGGGAGGACCUAAAGGGGAGCAGGGGGGACAAGGUUCUGAGGGAACCUCUGGAGACAAAGGAGAUGUUGGUGACCAAGGGGAAGCUGGACCCAAAGGAGUGGUUGGAAACCCAGGAGAGCCUGGUAACAGAGGGCCAGAGGGUAGCAGAGGGCAGCCUGGCAUCGAGGGCCCAGCUGGUACUCCUGGACCACGUGGCAUGCAGGGCAACAGGGGCGCACCAGGAAUCAGGGGGUCACAGGGACCGGCGGGUAAAGAACCAAGCGAUCAACACAUCAGACAAGUCUGCAUGAGAGUUAUGCAAGAGCAGCUAGCCCAGUUGGCUGCCAGUCUAAGGAGGCCGGAGUCUGGAGCAGCGGGCCUGCCUGGUAAGCCAGGGCCUCCUGGUCCUGCCGGACCCCCAGGGGACAGUGGCUUCCCUGGGCAGGCUGGAGCAAGAGGACUGCCUGGCCUCAAAGGACCUCCAGGACUCCUAGGACUCAAAGGACCCAAAGGUGAAUUGGGCGACAGAGGAGACCGAGGUCCCACGGUGCGAGGGGCCAAGGGCCAGCCAGGACCUCCCGGUCUACCAGGUGAGCCCGGAAAGCCUGGUUACGGCCAGGAGGGACGUGACGGCGAGAGAGGACCUCCAGGUGUUCCUGGCCAGGCUGGUGUACCUGGGCCUCCUGGUAAUGCUGGCCCCAACGGCUACUGCGACCCAUCGUCCUGCAACCUCAGACCGGGGGACAUUGACACCAGCAUCAAGGGCCCGGAGGGAACUAGAAACUAGAGCCACCACCCAGUGGAGGCUGGUGUCACUUUAAAUCUGAGGACUGGAUGUAAUGGCUGUAAUGGAAUGAAUGGAAAAGUUUCAAACACCUUGGAUUCUGUUCCAUUUAUUCCAUUAGAGCCAUCACUAUGACCCAUCCCCCCUUCACCAGCUUCCACUGCCCAACACCCAGAGAGGGGUAGAGACAGAGACAGAGACUAAGAUGGCAGAUGGACAGCUCUCCCACCCCAACCCUGGGAGCACACAACAUCCUCACAGCCUCUCUACUCUGAAGGCUGUUGCUGUAAAGUGGUCCAUUCUAACGUAUCUGCAGUGUUUUGUGAGAGUGUUCUGUGCUAGCCAGAUCUCUAUCGGAUAUGAAGGAGUCUUCCACUUCCACAAAUGCGAAACAAAACUAAGUAUUUUGUUGCAAAACAAUAAUAAUCCUGAACCUGUUUGGACGUGUAACAGUUUUUUACAUGACAGAUUUUAUUUUUCUUUUGUUGUUUUCAGAAGUGGGUGCUCUAUUUUAAGAUAGUCAUGUUUUGAAGACUAUAUUUGUUUUUAUUCCACCGUCCCUGUAAACCUAGAUGUCCUUAAUAACCACCAGACAAAUAUCUGUCCUUAAUAACCACCGGACAAUUCACCUGUCCUUAAUAACCACCAGACAAAUUACCUGUCCUUAAUAACCACCAUACAAUUCACCUGUCCUUAAUAACCACCAGACAAAUUACCUGUCCUUAAUAACCACCAUACAAUUUUCCUGUCCUUAAUAACCACCAGACAAUUCACCUGUCCUUAAUAACCACCAGACCACACCUGUCCUUAAUAACCACCAGACAAUAACCUGUCCUUAAUAACCACCAGACAAUCACCUGUCCUUAAUAACCACCAGACAACCACCUGUCCUUAAUAACCACCAGACAAUUACCUGUCCUUAAUAACCACCAGACAAUCACCUGUCCUUAAUAACCACCAGACAAUUCACCUGUCCUUAAUAACCAUCAGACAAUCACCUGUCCUUAAUAACCACCAGACAAUUCACCUGUCCUUAAUAACCACCAGACAAGCACCUGUCCUUAAUAACCACCAGACAAUUCACCUGUCCUUAAUAACCACCAGACAAAUCAACUGUCCUUAAUAACCACCAGACCACACCUGUCCUUAAUAACCACCAGACCACACCUGUCCUUAAUAACCACCAGACAAACACCUGUCCUUUAUAACCACCAGACAUGCACCUGUCCUUAUUAACCACCAGACAUUUUACCUGUCCUUAUUAACCAUCUGGCUGUAUUUGUAUGUUCCCUUUCCUCCUCUCCUCUCACUGAAACAGCUGUAUACUGAAGCCAACAUGUUGAUUUCAGCAGCGGCUCCAUCCACAUCAAAUCACGCUAAUUCCUCCCCAAUAAAGUAAAACCAUAAAGCAAUACCAGGAUUGCCUUUAGCCCAAAGUGUAUUUUUUUUGUAUUUGUAAUGUACUGCAUCAUGUUCUAUAUUGAAGUAUCAAUUACCAAAGAUAGACCUGGUGAAAAACAGUGAUAUCAGUUUGUACAGAAUGUACCUGGGGUAUUUCCAGCCCCCUGCUUUCCUUCCAGAAAUCUAAAUAAAGAGAUAGAAGAUAGGACUGACACCAAGCCACACUGACUGACGGACCUUCCAUAUGCGCUGUACAUCUCUGUAAAUUGUUUUCAAUUGUGGUUAAUUAUAUUUCCUACAAAAAAUAACUAUCCUAAUGAUUGAAUGUGAGGUUUGUUCUCAUUGUACAGUGUGAGGAGGAUUCUGAGAGAUGAUUAUUUUGAAAAUAAAUGGAAUAUUCCCUUUCACAGUA